GGGAGGGGCAGUGAGAGAGAGGGAGACACGGAGAGUGGGUGAGGCAAUUGGGAGUAACAGAGUGAGACAGAUAGGAGAGGGGCGAGGAAAAAUGCCCCUCGUCGCCUCUCAUUCUGACGCACACAUGCAAACAAAACAUGCACACGCGGAUCUUCAAAGCCGACUGCUUUUCAUAGUCUCCCUAUUAGCUAAAGAGAUUACAUCUGGGGCCCUGAACCAGAUAAAUAAGGUGAGAGGAGUGUCAGAGCUCAGUCUGCUCCACCUCAGGAUCCUCUCAGCACCUCAGUGGUGAGCAGAAAGGAAACACGCUCUUAAUCAGAGGGACAUUGAGAGAGCGAGAAAGCCGGACUCUGCAGGGAUUACCCUUUUUUUUUUUUCUACCGUGGAUUCCUCUCAUUUCAGAUUCACUGCCCUGUUGCAUUCGGGUCGUUUUGCCAUUCUUCUCCAGAACAUUUUCCUCGCCUCUUGCUGUCCUUCAGGGGUUCUUCAGUGGAUUGUACGUGGGAGAGCAGGAGGAGGUGAAGCGGUUCCCCACAGAGGUGUUUUGAGUUAUGGAUGUUGACACAUUCCUUCUGGACACGAAGAGAACUGGAUCCAGCCUGAGCAGCACAAGCAGACGCUACCUCCACGGACGCUUCACUGGUCUUUACCUCCUGGUAUCACCCUUUCUCCCAGCCAGCUCUUCAGCAUGUACCUUUCUGUGAGGCUCAUCCCAGUCUUCCGAGCUCCAGGACAAUGUGCAAAUGGAAAGUGACUAAGGGUGCCUCAGCCUUGUUCCGUCUAUCCUGCCUUUCCCUGCCACUGCUGCUCCUGCUCCUGUGUUCGGCUCUGUCUGUGGCCUGCCAUGACACCCACAGGGCUGUGCGUGCCCCGAGGGGUGCCAACUCCUCGUCGUCUGCCGUGGUGGGGCGGCAUGUGCGCAGCUACAACCACCUCACGGGGGACGUGCGCAAGAGGAAACUCUUCUCCUACCAGAAGUUCUUUCUCAGGAUCGAUAAGAACGGAAAAGUCAAUGGCACCAAAAGCAAGGAUGAUCCGUACAGUACACUCGAAAUCAAGUCUGUGGAUGUGGGCAUCGUUGCCAUCAAGGGGAUCCAAAGCAAUUACUACCUUGCAAUUAACAAGAAAGGGGUGGUCUAUGGGGCGAAGGAUUUUGGCGUUGACUGCAAGCUGAUAGAGAGGAUAGAGGAGAACCGGUACAACACAUACGCCUCGGCAGAGUGGAGGAACAAAAAGAAACCCAUGUUUGUGGGCUUGAUGGCCAACGGGAAGCCGAUGAGGGCCAAAAAGACCCGGAGAAAAAACACAGCCACACACUUUCUCCCCAUUCCUAUCGUGUAGCUACAACCCCACCAAAAGGGAACAUGCACUGCACUGAGGAAAGACUUGGACAUUUUCGACAGUUUGGAGAAGGCACUAUGUAAAGGAGCUAAGAGAACUCUUUUUCACUGAGUCCGAUUGUUGUCACAUAUUUGUUUUUAAGUUAUUGGCACCAGGGAAAAUUGGGGACAUUUUUAAUGCCAAACCCUUUUCUAGCGAAGGAAAGGUUGGACCAAAUCCGACAAAGAGGAAUCGGACAUUGCAACCUCCCAGAAUGAACUGAAGAGACCUUUCACAGAGUGUAUUGCUUGUGUGUAUUUGUGUGUGUGUGACCUUUGGAUGCAGUUAUUUAUGCUGUACUAACUCAUACGAAACACUCUAACAGACUCUCAAACUCUGUGACUCAGUGGACUGAAAGUUAUGCAAACACUUACUGGAAGCACUUGCUCAAGGUGCAAGACUGAGAGGCCGAGACGGAGACCCUGCAUCCUACCAUCCAAAUUUAGUCAAGCUAGCACCAUAGCGCAAAAAACUCUAACAUUAUUAACAUGCAAAAGCCACUGUAUUUGAUAUCUCCAUUCUUUACCUGACUGCUUUGGAAUAAAUUAUUUAUUUUAUGUAAUAUUUAAAGAAAAACAAAGGCAAAAAAACAUGGAAAGGACUUUUUUUAAUCAUUUAUGCUCCUCUUUUAAAAAGCUAUUCUAUCGGUUACACAUGAAUAAAUAAAUAUAUUUCUCCUUACCAAGCAGAAGUUGCGUCCGUGAUACUGAGAAAGGUUGUUUUUUUCUUUCAUUCAAUUCUCAGAGGUUAAAUGCAUCUGUAAACAAAUGAACUUGCUGCACUUAUAGAGGGAAGAGGUGAUCCAGUUAAUAUGUUUUCUGUACAUUUAAAAACUAUUAGCAUUAGUGAUUUUCUCAGUCACUGUUUACGCUAUAAAAAAUACCAUUUAAAUUGAUACCAGACAUCGCUGUUUCAUAAAGAAAGCAAUAAUAAAUAAAUAAAAAUCCCAGUGAUAACUAUGAGCUCAUCUCUAAAAGCAUUUAAAAAUUCAAAACACACAGUCUUCGGUCACUGCCACACAUAUUGUCCUAGUAUCAGUUGUGAAAGGGACACUGUGCUUUGAGAUCCUUUUAAAGCUGAGUUCACUCGUGUCCCAAAAAGUCUGGUACUCUGAAUUGAAAACAUUCUUCUUUGUUUGUUUCAGCUGUUAUCAAAACCCGCAUGUAAAUCUAUAUCCACACUCAAUGCCCUUUUGGCUCAUUUUCAACUUUUACUACAAAUUUCAAUCAUGAAACUCUGCUCUACUAGCCCACUCACUUCAAAGAGUCAAUGUGAAGGGCAUGUGGUGUGUAUGUAAAUAUUGGCAGUAGAUUAUGGGCUGAUUCUGAUUAUCUCUACUGUAGCCCUAACGCUUUCCCCCCUCUCAAAACAUCAGAACAGUUCCAGCAAUUAGCA